AUGCAAGUCCCUCGCUAUGUUGAUGACCAUUAUCCCUUAAUCACCACCAUCCAUUUAGAGAACGUUCCUGCUUCCGUACCUAAGGACCACCCGGCCUUCUGGUGUGCCCGUCAAAUGGCCCAGAUCCACAACACCAUCAUUCGUGCCUUGAAUGCAUCGUGGAACCAGGCAGUCAUGGUUCAGCCAGAUACUCAAGAAGCCGCUGAUUUCCUUCUGUUCAACCAGCUGCUCUUCAAUACCUUGAAUCACCAUCACCAUGUCGAGGACGAUUAUAUGUUCCCGGCAAUGGAAAAGUUGCUGGGUCGGCCCGAUGCAAUGGAAGCGAACACGAAGGGCCACGACUCAUUUGCCGAGGGACUCACCGUCUUCCAGAAAUACGUCUUCAUCACCAAGUCAGCUGAGUACAAUGGAGUCACCCUUCGUCACAUCAUUGAGUCCUUUGCGCCCAACCUUAUUCAGCAUCUGCACGACGAGAUCCCUACCCUUGCAAAUCUUCAUGUUUUAGAUGGCAAGGAGUUGAUGAAGAUCUGGAAGCAUGCGGAGCAUAUGGCCACCAAGGACAAUAGCCUGUACACUGACGCGCCCUGGACACUGGGGUGCCAGGACAAGUCCUUCACUAUCGACGGAGAGAAGUGUGGCUUCCCCGACGUCCCUUGGGUCAUCGAGGCCGUGAUCAGGAAUUGGCACGCAAAAAAGCAUGCCGGAGCUUGGAAAUUCUGUCCAAGUGACCUCUCUGGAAAGCGGCGUCUGCUGCCCAUUGCAUGA